CUCGUUUGAAUCUUGGAGCCAUGUCGGAUCUUGCGAAAGACGCAUGGCGAAAAUAUCUUAUUCAGCUUCAAGCUCACCCUUUACGAACCAAGGCGAUCACUGCAGGGGUUUUAGCUGGGUGCAGUGAUGCUAUAGCUCAAAAGAUCUCUGGAGUUAAACGGAUUCAGUUCCGGAGAUUGCUUCUCCUUAUGUUAUAUGGGUUUGCUUAUGGAGGACCAUUUGGUCACUUUUUCCACAAAUUGAUGGAUACCAUUUUCAAAGGGAAGAAGGGUAAUUCAACUGUUGCCAAAAAGGUUUUGUUGGAACAACUUACAUCAUCUCCUUGGAACAAUUUUCUUUUCAUGUCUUACUAUGGUUUAGUGGUUGAAGGGAAGCCAUGGAAGUUAGUGAAGCAAAAAGUUGGGAAAGAUUACCCUACGAUCCAGUUAACAGCAUGGAAGUUCUGGCCUAUUGUGGGAUGGGUUAAUUAUCAGUAUGUCCCUUUGCAAUUCCGCGUCUUGUUCAGUAGCUUCGUCGCCUCUUGCUGGAGCAUAUUUCUGAACCUGAAAGCGCGAUCUCCGGCGAUCAAAAACGCAUAGAGAACUCUAUAUGGAAGAAACAAGAAUGGAUCUCUUUUUCUCUCUUUUUAACUUGAAAUGUACAAAAGCUUCAAGAAUUGAAUCUCAAGUAAAAACUGAGAGAUGUGAUCAUUAUUGAAUAGAUCAAAUUCGGUCACUGUUGGUGUUGUUUGAGUCCAUUAUAUCAAUAAUUCAAAUUCAAUGCA